GGAGAGUAAAGGGUUCAGGACACCCCUUCAGAGCCCACAACAAACAUCUUCAAACCAUUCUGUUGGAACAGGACUCAGCUAAUCGAGAAAAAUGGCCAGACUCAUUAAGAUCUUUGCAACAGCUCUUGUGAUCGUCUUCAUGUCAGACUUCUUGAGUGCUGGUCCUGUAAAGCGUAAUGAAGAAGUGGAUGGUGCAUCUGAGGUGGAAACAGACAGCAAGUCACAUAUCCGCAAAAGGAGGAAUAUUGCCUUCUACAGAAGUCAACCUGAUUUCUGGGGCUGGUAUAAAUUCUUCAUGGAGACCAACAACCAGGAGGGAAUUGAGGACUUGGAUCGAAUGUACCGUGUUUACCUGCAGAACAAGCACAGAGUAGAAGAGGGUGCCAAUUUCAACCAUUACCUCACUCACUUGAGUCAAAUUUACAAAACCUGUGCCAACUCUGAUGACCCUGAUUGCAUUGCAGAGUCCACCAGCAAACCCAAAGCUAAUAUUGUCAUGCCUUUACCUGUGAGGCAAGCUACUGUGGCAGUGUGCAACCCUUACCUUGACCCUUACUGCCUCUACGCCAUCAGACCAAAAGCUGCAGAAGAGCCUUCACCUGCCCCAGCAAAGGUUCCUGCCCCAAUUCUGUCACCUCUGCUCCCGCUGCCCCUGAAAGCACCUCUAGCCCAUUAUUACUAUGCUCCAGUCAUGGAGCCAUUUUUGUCAGCUGAGCAGAGAGCAGAGCUGUUGCGCAUCUGCAACCCUUCAGACACAGAGUGUCUGCAAUAUCACUUGCGAGCUGCUUACGGCUACAGACCCGCACUCGGCCCUCUGCCUUCUUACUCUCACCUUGGAUGUGAUCCUACCAAAGAUCCUUACUGUCAGCCCAAGCUUGUGGCAAGAUCUCCCUCAGGUUUGUAUCACCUGUACCCUUCCUGUAAUCCCGCCACUGACCCUCUUUGUGUUGCCAAUGUUGUUGCACCUGCAGCUCAAACCGCUGAGAGUGCAGAAGCCCCAAAAGACAAGCUCUGCAACCCUUUGUUUGACGAAGGCUGUAACCCCCUUACAGCUGCUAAGCUAGCGGCUCUCAAUAAACCUGUCCUGGAAUAUGCUCCAAGAGAUGAGCCUGCACCUCUAAACCUGGCCUGUGACCCGCGUUACGACCCCUAUUGUCUGAUAGGUGGAUCCGCUGCUCUCAGGAAGCCCCCUCCAGUUCUCCCAGAGUUCCAGACCCGUCACAAUCUGGGUGUCCGUGGAAAGACCAAGGAAGGUUAUGACUGCUAUAUGUUUUACGAUAAGGACUGCACCCCAGUGGAGAACCAGGAUCUGAGGUCCAGUGCUGCCAGUUCCAAGCCAGACUGCCACCCAUUUGACCCCAACUGUGGGAGGUUUGCCGCUCAGCCAUCCACUGGAGCAGAGCCAGCUAAAACAGUCAAGAAUGGCAUCAUUGAGCCCCAUCCCGACUGUGACCCAGAAAUUGAUUACAACUGUCGCCUGCGCCGGUCAGAAUCUGCAGGUGAUGAACCAGCCCAGCCAGAACAAGGUCACGGCAAACCUGAACAUGUGGCUCCAGAGUAUCCUGUUCCAAGAUUUGAGGACUUCCUCAGAGCAUACAUGGGUGGCUACAAGAAAUGAAAGGAAAAAAAAAACUGGAUGAAAACUUGAAAAUUCAAUCAUGUUUGCACACAUUUAGCUUUGUGCAGGAGAAGCGAUUCAGGAUCAUCCAGGAAUCAUUGACAUUUUAGUAACUCUAGGGAAUGAUGUCUUAUUCUGUCUGAAAUGUCAUGUUGGGAAACAAAUUAAUACAAUUUGGGGUUUUCUUGAUGGUAAUGUGAAGCAUUAUAUGAUAGGUCUAUAUGUAUUUAUGUAUUAUAUAGUGUAGGUUAGGGUACUUCAAUAUGACGAUUACCAAUAUUCAAAUCUGUGUUACUUUCCUUUAGUUAUGUGGUCACUUUUAAUAUACAUAUUUAAUGUAGCUUCCACUUUUAUGCAUAAUUCUUUUUCAAUAAAAAAUGAAUUUAAA